AUGACACAUCAAAGAAGAUAUGCAAGUGAAAGUCUCAAGAGAUUUGAGAUGGAAGAAUGCAAUUUGACUUCGACACCUGCAGAACCAAGACUGCAACUGUCAAAAAAUACAGAUGAAGAUGAUAUCGACCCAACCCAAUACAAAAGACUUGUUGGGUCAUUGAAAUACAUUUGUUAUACAAGACCUGACUUAGCAUACAAUGUAGGUAUAAUAAGUAGAUUCAUGCAGAAGUCAAAGGUAUCACAUCUAGCAGCGGCAAAGAGGAUACUAAUAUAUCUCAAAGAAACUCUCGACUAUGGUAUUUUGUUUCCUGCAGCUAAUAAAGAAAAAGAAUGCAAGUUAGUAGGGUACAUUGAUUCAAGUUGGUGUAGUGAUGCUGAGGAUCGAAAGUCUACGGUAGGUUAUGUGUUUAUGUUAGGUGGUGCAUCAAUUGCUUGGAGUUCGAGAAAAGAAUCAGUAGUAGCAUUAUCAUCAUGCGAAGCAGGGUAG